GCUGGAACAAACAACAACGCAAAAACUGGCACGGUCACAAUUUGCCACUGCGGAUGGCAAAACGAAAAACGAGUGGCUUGGAAAAACUUGUCCAAAUCUCUGUAGCAAAUCAACUCAAAUCAUUACUGGCCAAACAGUGAUACACGGUUAAUUACGUAAAAAUAAGAAAACUACUCGUGACGGUAAACAAAAGAAUAAGUGAAGGAAAGGGAAAUUUCCUUCUGCAAGGAGUGUGUAUAGGUCGCUUGUGAUUUUCUCCUAAAACAGACCAAUUUGCAUUCGGGGCAGGUUGUAAAUCAACAAUCACACAGUUGUGCCUAAAUUCGGCAUCGAUAUCUCAAGUCUGUGAGAGCAACCAGAAACAAGAUCGAACGUGUCCAAACGUGAACCGUGACUAAUAUUGGACAUUAUCUUCGUCGUGGUCGUCAAGUGCCGGAUCGUUACCAUCAUCGGGCGUUGAAGAGUGGAUAUCUUGGUUGGAUCAGUGCUUCCGAUCAUCGAUCGUUCAUUGGAGGGGGGUAGAGAGUAACGGGGCAGCCACAACAACGGACCACGGACGCACCCCACCACCACCGUCUUCAUCAUGCCUUGGUAUGUCCCGUGGUCGGAUGUGAUCAAGAAAAAGAUCUGUCGCUUUCUGCUCCAGCGCUAUCUGGGCCGGUUCCUAGAGGAGAAGUUGUCGCUCGAUCAGCUGAACGUUGACUUUUACAAUGGAACCGGGACGGUGCACAACGUCACACUAUACUGCCAGGCCCUGAAUGAACUGUGCGAAGGUCAAGGAUGGGGCAUCGAGGUGACGGGUGGACACAUCGGCUCGGUGACGGUGAACGUCCCGUACGACUCGCUGCUGGCCAAAGACAGCUCGAUCGAGGUGUCCAACCUGACGAUAAGCUUGCGACCGAAGGCCCGCCCGACCGAUGGCACCUCGAUGCUCGAGUCGAUGUGGUCCUCGAUGUCCAGCUCGAUGCAGCUGGCGCAGGAGUAUCUGGAGCGGGAGAGCGGUGGCAGCACGGCCGACGGUCACUCCAUCACCAGCGGGGGCCGAGGGGGAAGUAGCGGCGGUGCCGGCAAUGCUGGCCAACAACUGCCACCGAGCGCCAUGGAGGGGCUGGAGAACUUUGCACAAAUUAUCGACAAUGUGCUAAAUAGGAUUAAGGCAAAACUGUUUGACACUGAAGUAAGGAUAGAGUAUCUCGCACCGGACGGCGAGCGAGGGGUAGCUGUGAUAGUGAAAAUCAAAAGUAUCGAUUACCAGAAUGAGGCUGGAAAUGAUCCACCGGACCGCGGUAGUCCCAAAUCGUCUUCGUCCUCCGGUUCGGACGCGUCGGGUCACACAAUCGGUGGUAGCGGCAGCCGACAAAACCAGCAACAGAAGUCGUUCCUCAUAGCGACACACGCAACCCAUCACAUCACCAUCGAGGGAAUCACGUUCUACACCGAAGAGUUUCGGAUAGACAACCCGCGGCUUCGGCGGCAGCAGCAACGCACGGGAGUGGACGGAAGUUCGGCCGGUCCUCAUCAAACGGCGGCCACGGUGCCGAUGGUGGACGAAAGUAUGAUAACGAGCGACCAGUUUCGCAGUGCGAUCUCCAGCCUGCCGGACGGCGGCAGCACCGAGGGGGACGGAUAUUAUAGCUAUAGUAACACAAGCGCAUGUGAUAGUGGCAGCAGUCCGGCGAAUAGUGGAGGUUUUUACCGGAGAAGCGACAGUAGUGGCACGGACCGCGAAACAGAUCCAGGGGAGGAAGACGAUGAAGAGGCCGACAGUGGGGAGGACGAAUAUGGCGAGUACGGGGUGCGGAUGUACCGCUCGGGGGAGAUCAUUGUGGGUAAGAUUGCGUCGCGCCAGGAGAUCCGGCUGAAGAUGAAACAAGCGGACAAUCUUCCGGGUCCGAACGUCGAGUUGGAGUUGUCGGUCGGAUCGAUUCAGCUGUUCCUAACCCCGCGGCAGCUACAUUCGUUGGUGCUGGUAUGUGAUAGUUUCCUCGGUAGCAACGAGGAACCACCGCCACCGCCAUCGAGCAGGGAACUGAAGGGACAGGCAGGCCGGAGACAUCAGGAACCGUCGGCGUCAGCAGCCGAGUUGGAGUACCAGCAGAACAUGACACGAAUGGGCGGUGGAAUUGGCCUAAACCAGGGCUGGUCGCUUGCCGAUCCGAUGCAGACGAUGAUCCAGGAACAGGCGGAAUUUCUUCAGCAGGACUAUCGUGACGAGGAAGGGGAGAUCUGCUCGGAAUCGAUCAUGUCAUCGACCAGCUCCAUGACGAGCUCGUUCACUUCCGGCAGUACGGCUUCACGGACCACCGCAACGUCGGCCGCUAGCCGUCGGCGUAUGAUCGAUCCGGAUGCAAAUGCGGACAUUUCCAAGUUCAAUGUACGCGUGGCAGCAAUCGCACUGGUGCUGCUACACGAUGAUCUCCUACUAGAGAGUAGUGCGAACAGUACGACCUGCUCGACGGAGUCGCCCCUUUCCGAGGCAAGUGUUCAGCAGCUGCAAACGAAAGCGGAUCGAUUUUUCCGAUCAAUCGGAGCCCUCGGGCUAGGGCUCGGUGCAAACGAUAUCGUGAACGCGGGUUUGGUGCUGGACGGUGCGUGCGACAGUAGUCACCUGCGGCUGCUCCUCGCCCCGAUCAUUCUCGAAGGAGACGAGCAGCGUAACCGGUGUGGGUCACUUCUCCGCUUCUCGCUAUCGAUCGCCCGAGCAGAUUUCCGUGAAGUACUUCCGGAUGCCUCGAUUCCGCUCGUGGAGUUUUACCGCGAGCAACCACGUCCCAACAACACCUCGGCGCAGCUCCCCAAGCGGCCCGAAAUCAGUGUAACCUUCGAGCAGAGCUGCAAUGCACUUCGGGGAACCAGCGGGAAACGGUUCUCUCCUCCGCGCACGAAAAUCCACUUCAUGAUGGCACCGUUCCUGACGGAGUUUGACAUUACCAUGCUGGAUCGUUUGAGUUCGCUUCUGUAUCAGUCACCAUUUGCGUCCUACUACUACGCAAAUGUUGCCAGCGGAACGGCCGUCCCCACGCCCGACAGUCCAUCGACGCCGGCUGCGGGGACACAGGUGCGAAGUUCAAAACUGGAACCGAAAACCGAACUGCAGCUCGAAUCGCUCGCGGUAGACUUUCGGUUGCGCUUUCCCAUCCCCGACCUGCGGCCGAUUCACGACCCGCAGCGUGUUCCCUGGUGGCGGCGAAACAUCCGUCCCGACUUUAUCCUGCUGAAGCUGGAACGGGUUCGCACGGUGAUCACCCUCAACCCCCAUCCCGUGUACGACAUUUCGGCGAACGAGAUAAAGCUGUACUACUACGAGUCCGAACCGGUGGUGGUCCAACCGGGAGCCACUUCCGUCGGUGGCACCGGUGGUGGUGUAAAUAUCGGUAAAACUGUGAUGCAAGAAAAUGCCUCCCCCGGCCAGGUGCCUUCGGUCGAGUACCCGCGGAUAGUGAUCGAAUUACCGAGCGAGGCGGCGUUGCAGAAGGCGCUACAGCAGGAUCCGGCUUCACAGGCGCCCUCGUCCUCGCGAGGGAAAACGGGUGCAGCGGGCAGCACCGGUCAGCAGCAGCAGCAGUAUCGUAGCCAAGAGGAAAGCGAUAGUGAGCCAACAUCCGGCGAAAGCUUCGGUGUUGCUACUGGCCGCUGCAAGGAAGACACACCGUUCAGUGCGAAGCGUGUUUGCCGGGAAAGUGAUACACCGCACGGCAAAACCGCCACCGCGGGAGUCCCGGACGUUCCGGAAACACUAACCCUGCCGGGUGAUACGGAUGAAAUGAAUGCGUUCUGUUCGUGUGCGAUGAAGCGCGCCAAGCUACAGAUACGGGUUGAAUUGCCCGUUGUUAGUUUGCAGAUGAAAUCGAAGCAUCUGUACGAGGUGAUUUAUAAUCGCAUCAGUACGGAUCUGUUGCUCUGGGAGCCGAGUGCACCGUCGGCGACGGCCGCAGCCGAAGCACAGUUAAACGCCCACCACGCGUCGAAGGUGUCUUUCCAGGAGCCGGAAAUGAGUCUUGCCGGUAUGGGCAUGAUGGAUUCGAUCUACAUGCCGUACACGAUGUGCCAAAGUGGGAUACAGUUGGAUUCCAGUUCGUCCGCAACAAACUCCGAAUCGGAAUCAGACUCGGACGGCAUCUUUUACUCGGUAUACGAUCGAAGCAAGAACACGAUCGGUGGAAAUGUCGGUGGAAACGUCGGAGGAGGAAGAAAAGGAUCCUCUCAUUCGCAUCGCAGCUCGUCCCACGGUGGAAGGCUUGCACCGUCCACGGUUGUUUCCGAUCGGGGUGCUAAUACGAUCGCGUUCCAGGUAAACAUCGGCCAAGGUAUACUGACAAUGUUCGUGCCGGUCCGGGACGCACAAAAGCACGUCAUUCCGGGGCAGCUCGGUGAGUUCGUCAUACGACUGAACUCGGGGACAAUUUUCUCCGUCAACGGGUUCCAUGGCAAUGCGAACCUCGGCUACCUUUGCAUCCAAGGAAAGUCGGCGGAGUUCUACCACUGCGGGUUGAUACCGACGCCGGCUAGUAAUCCCCCGUUGCGGCUGAUUAACAGCGUGCUUCCGUCGUACCUUCAGUGUACGCUGUAUCCGACACCGAAAAACCUUACCCUGCACGAACAACGAGGGUGUGCCAAUCGGGAGAUGAUCUCACUGGCCAUACAGAUUAAAUCCGUACCGGACCUAGCGAUCAAGCGCAUCCGCAUGGCAGCCGGAAUACAGCUAACCACCUUGCGGCAUCACUCGACGCUUCCGCAGCACUCCUGGUUGACGCAGCUGAUCGAUAUGCUAGACGUGGUGGACUACCCGGUGCAGGGCUACACGCCACUCGGUGUCGUCACCGAAAUGCAUCUCCACCUAUGGGACUGCGCGAUCGACUACCGGCCGCUUUACUUCCCGUACCGGGCCAUUAUUACGGUGGGUUCGUUCAUGAUCAGCAGCAACAUCACGUCGGGCAGCAGUGGCCUAACGCUGAACUUUAUCGCCGAAGAUGUCACACUCAGUCUUGCUCCGCAGCAGGUGCAACCGUCAACGAGUGGGGGCAAGGAUUCCUCGAGCACUAGCAGCCAUCAGCAGGUGGCGAACAGCAGCAAAAUCACGGUCCUUCCAUCAAAUGAAUUGGUUUGUGUCGUCGAAGUAGGCCUGUUUGAGAUUUCACUCAUGCUGAACGAGCGAGUUACGGUGAAAUUCCCCAAAUUUGAUCUCCGAACCGCCAUAAAUGAUGUGCACGUGCGAACGUGUGCCGAUUCAGCCCGAGCUCUAGCACAGCUGAUCGCUUACCUUGCUGCCGAAGGUGAUCUACUGCUUCCGGAAGGGGACGCCAGUGGGGAUGACAUUAGCUGUGGAGGAUCCUCCUUGGUAGGAACGUUGGAUACGACUGUCGGUGGAGUAACUGGCCUCGAGCAAAAAGAAGUCUCCCAAGGGGGGAGCCUUCCGAUGGGUGGAGAAACGGAGGGUGAGCUGCUCCCGGUACGACCGCCGUCGAGUGCCAGCGGUCCGGUAGUGACACCCAAGCAGCAGCAACGCGUCAACACACUGAUGGCUGAUGCGAUGGAGGAAAGUUUGUACAUCGAGAGCACCGCAAGCGGUGAUGGCGUUGACGAUGACCCGUUGCUCGGUGGCGCCGACGGUGGAGCUGGGGUGGAAAUGUUUUUCUUCCCCGACGAGGAUCAACGGAAACCACCGAAGGACGGCGAAAAGGUUCGCGUUGGUGGGGGUACGAUCGUUUCGGACAGUAACAGCAACAAGCGUCGGUUCGGUUCGGAUGACGAUUCGUUAAGCAUUGACGAGGGUUCGAGUAUUCCAUCGUCUUUCCACGACGAUGAUCACUAUUGGCGCCAGCAUCAGCAGCAUCAACAGCAGCAUCAGCAACAAGAAGAGAUGAAUCCAUCUGCUGGGGUAGAUGAUGACUGCACAAGUGUUAAUUUGCGAGAGUUGAUCAACUUUGAGCGAUCCGUGCUUGGCCAGCAAACGUACAACUACGGUGCGGGAGAUGACGAGGACGACGAUACCGGUGUUGAGGCGCUUCCACAGGUAACGAACGAGUUGGGCGAUGUAUCGAAGCUCAGCCAAAGGCGUCCACAGGCAUCGUUGGUCGUUACUCAGCAGCGCAAGAUUAGCUCCGAUACGGACGACGACUUUUGCAUCAUUGCCGACGAGGAACGACCGCACCGGGGUGGAGACUCCCAUAACCAGGAGGUUCCCGUAUCGGAGGAUCCCAUCCGCAUCGUGGACAACCAUUUCAGCGUGCCAACGGGCAAGCCGGAUCUUUUGAAGGCUCCCGAAGGAUUCCCCAGUGCGGUGGAGAGGUACACGAUCUGCGAGAUGACCAUCACCUGGCACAUCUAUGGCGGGCGUGACUUUCUCACCAAAGACGACCGCCGGAAAAAGACCAAACAGCAGCAACAGCAAGUGGCAGGGCAAGGGCAACCCGUUGCUACGGGAGCAAAGGUGACGACGUCAAACUUCCCAACCGCAAUGCCCAUGUCGGAGGCGUACAAAUCGGGCGUCAGCUACUCGAAAGGUUCACCAUCGGUAAGCUUCGGCGGUGGCUCGGCCGCGGCGGCAGCGCUUGCGAAGCUGACGUGGAAGACACGCGGUGGUACCGGCCGACAGCACGACACGACCAUGGAGAUCCACAUCAGCAAGGUGCAGUUUUCGCACGAAACGUACCCGGGAUGUACGAAGGAAGCGUCCCGGCAGGUCCUGCUCAUCAACGAGCUGGAGAUCGUGGACGGGUUGGCCGUGUCGAACAUUAAAAAGUUCCUCUACCACCCGAAGCUGCCCAGCCGCCCGACUAGCAAGCAAAGCACGAACCACAUGGUCGUCAUCAAGGCACUGCACAUGCGUCCCAAUCCGGCUCUCCCGGCGCAGGAGUGUUGUUUGCGAGUGUCCGUGUUACCGAUUCGGUUGAAUAUCGAUCAGGAUUCGCUGCUGUUUUUGAUAAACUUUUUCAACCAACUCGGAGGUGGUGGCGAUCUCUCCGAAGGACCACAAGGUUCGACCGGAAGUGCUGGAAAUGGUGGUGGACGUUCGUCACAAACGACUACCCCAGCGCAUCAGCCACCCGUUAUGACGGUCGAGUCACUCCCGGAAGCGGUACAGGAGCUGCAGGCGAAGAAAAUGGUCUCAGAGAACCUGAUGCUGCUGAUCGAGGAAGAGGAAAAGCACAAGGACGCUCAGGAGCAAGGCGGAAUGGCGGCGUACGGCGACUCGGGUGAUUCGGGAGCCCCCAUUUACUUCCGCAACGUCAUCUUCAGUCCGGACGUACCGAUUCGCAUCGAUUACCAUGGGAAGCGGAUGGAACUUUCGCACGGCUCCAUUGCCGGCCUGCUGAUGGGGCUCGGGCAGCUACAGUGUUCGGAAAUCCGACUCAAGAAGAUCUCCUACCGGCACGGUUUGCUCGGUGUGGAUCGUUUGCUGAACUUCCUGCUCCAGGAGUGGCUACAGGACAUCAAGAAGCACCAGCUGCCGAAAAUUAUCGGUGGCCUUGGGCCAAUGUAUUCACUUGUACAGCUCUUGCAAGGAAUUUGGGAUCUUUUCUGGUUGCCUAUCGAGCAGUACCAAAAGGACGGGCGAAUUGUUCGCGGACUACAGCGUGGAGCGCAAAGCUUUACGGCCCGUACUGCCUUGGCGGCACUGGAAAUUACCACCCGUAUCAUACAUCUGUUGCAGAUAACGGCCGAAACGGCAUACGACAUGAUUUCACCCGGACCAUCGAUCCGUCGGGGACGUGGCAAUCGCAAAGGAAAGAGGAAACGCCUCCACCCACCGCAGGACAUCCGCGAAGGAAUGUCCAACGCCAUACAGAUCGUUCGAGAGGGAAUCUCGGAGACGGCACACAAUCUGGUAGAGAUCACUGCCCUCGAGCAUGACCAGAAAGGAUACACGGGCGCCGUCGGUGCGGUAAUGCGCCAGAUACCACCGAUCGUGGUGCAGCCGAUCGUGUUGGCCACGCAGGCCACGAGCAACGUGCUCGGUGGCGUCCGGAAUCAGCUCGUCCCGGAUGCGCGGGCCGAAGCGCGGGAAAAGUACAAGGACGACGUCGAGUGAUGAUGCUGUUAUGCGCACGAGCCACAAGCAUUGACGAUGAUGAUGGGCACCUUUUCUGUUUAUUUAUAAGCUCUAGCUAGUAGACAGUGUUGUUUCCAUUAUUAUCGAGCGAGCGCGAUCGAACGCUUGGAAUGAAGAAAAAGGAAAUGCCUUUAUUUUUACUUCGGUUAGUAUAUAUAUAUAUAUUUUUUUUUUUCUAGUGAUGCUACCCACGAGGGCAGCCGUGUACAGAUUUAAGAUCGUUCAUUUUAUUUAACUUUCUGUCCCGUGUUUCUUUUUCGUACUCGAAGACACGAAACUUAAACUAACCCUUAUAUGAACCCUAAAGUGAAAGAUGAUAAAAACACAAACGAUGGAUCAAACUAAA